AUGUCUCACAUUUCUAACCACUACUGUUCUCUUCUGAAGCUCUGCUGCGACACCCAAAACCGCGCACAAUUGAAGAAGCUCCACUGCCGGAUAAUCAAAUCCGUAUCGAACGCCGAGACAUUCUUGCUGAACAACCUCAUCAACGCAUACAGCAAGCUCGACGAAUUCGUGUACGCACGCCGCGUGUUCGAUCAAAUUCCCAGGCCAAACCAGUUCUCAUGGAACACCCUUCUCUCCGCUUACUCCAAAGCCGGGAACUUUCUGGAAAUGCAGGAAGUAUUCCGCAUGGUCCCGAAGAAAGAUGGGGUUUCUUGGAAUUUGGUUAUUUCGGGUUAUGCCUCUCACGGGUCGGUUGAUGAGGGUUUGAGGGCUUUUAAGUUGAUGUUGAGGGAUGGGAGGGUGAAUUUGAACAGAAUCACGUUUUCUACCAUGCUUAUAUUGUCCUUGAGCAAUGGUUGGAUCCAAUUGGGGAGGCAAAUUCACGGACAGAUAGUGAAGUGUGGGUUUGAAUCCUAUGUUUUUGUGGGCAGUCCCUUGACUGAUAUGUAUGCGAAACUUGGGUUUAUUAGUGAGGCAAAACAGGUGUUUGAUGAGUUGCCAGAGAGAAAUUUGGUUUUGUCUAACACAAUGAUUAUGGGUUUUCUGAGGUGUGGGAUGGUGAAAGAGGCGGAGAGAUUGUUUAUGUGUUUGCCAGAGAGGGAUUCUAUAUCAUGGACUACAAUGAUUACUGGGCUAACACAGAAUGGUCUAGAUAUAAAAGCUUUGGAAAUUUUCAGAGAAAUGAGACUGGAAGGACUGGCAAUUGACCAGUUUACCUUUGGGAGCAUUUUGACUGCUUGUGGAAGUUUACUGGCAUUGGAAGAAGGUAAACAGAUUCAUGCUUAUGCAAUCAGAAGUUAUCAUAUGGAUAACAUUUUUGUUGGCAGUGCACUUGUUGAUAUGUAUUCCAAGUGUAGAAGCAUUAACUAUGCAGAGAAUGUCUUUAGGAGGAUGAAAAGCAAAAAUGUUGUGUCUUGGACAGCAAUGGUAGUGGGUUAUGGCCAAAAUGGAUACAGUGAAGAAGCUGUUUGGACGUUUUGUGAGAUGCAACGGAAUAGAGUCAAGGCAGAUGAAUUUACUUUAGGAAGUGUCGUUAGCUCGUGUGCAAACCUAGCAAGCAUAGAAGAAGGAGCCCAGUUUCAUGGUCAAGCAUUAGUUUCAGGCUUGAUUUCCUUCAUUACAGUUUCCAAUGCUCUUGUGACCCUGUAUGGUAAGUGUGGAAGUAUAGAAGAGUCUCAUAAACUGUUCAAUGAGAUGGAGGUUAAGGAUGAGGUCACUUGGACUGCAUUGGUUUCCGGGUAUGCACAGUUUGGAAAAGCCGCUGAAACUAUUGGCCUUUUUGAGAAAAUGCUUGCACAAGGACUGCAACCAGAUGGAGUGACUUUUGUUGGGGUUCUAGCUGCUUGCAGCCGGGCAGGACUUGUAGAUAAAGGGAAAUAUUAUUUUGAUUCAAUGGUAAGAGAACAUAGAAUUGUGCCUACUCUCGAUCACUAUACUUGCAUGAUUGAUCUAUUAAGCCGAUCUGGACAGUUAGAAGAAGCGAAACACUUCAUACAAAAGAUGCCCUGCCAUCCUGAUGCAAUUGGUUGGGCUACACUGCUGAGCUCUUGUAGAACUCGCGGUAAUAUGGAAAUUGGGAAAUGGGCAGCUGAGUCUCUUUUGCAAAUAGAGCCACAAAAUCCAGCAAGUUAUGUCUUGCUUUCAAGUAUGUAUGCCGCUAAAGGAGACUGGAAUGAAGUGGCCCAGUUAAGGAAGGCAAUGAGAGAUAAUGGUGUGAAAAAGGAACCAGGAUUUAGUUGGAUCAAAUAUAAAAACAAGCUGCAUGUUUUCUCAGCUGAUGAUAAGUCAAGUCCAUAUUCAGACAAGAUAUAUGCAGAGCUUGAUACAUUGUACUGUAGAAUGAUAGAGGAGGGCUAUAUUCCUGAUGUAAGCUCUGUCCAGCAUAAUAUUGAGGAGUCUGAGAAAGUGAAACUUCUUAACCACCAUAGUGAGAAGCUUGCAAUUGCCUUUGGUUUGAUCUUUGUUCCUCCUGAGCUCCCCAUAAAAGUGGUUAAAAAUCUUAGGGUAUGUGUUGAUUGUCACAAUGCAACUAAAAUAAUUUCCAGGAUCACUGGAAGAGAAAUUUUAGUAAGAGAUGCUGUUAGAUUCCAUUUAUUUAAAGAUGGAGAAUGUUCUUGUGGCGAUUUCUGGUGAUAUGCCGCUUGUCUAUUGACUAUCAGAGAAUGACAUUCCAUCAGCUUCUUUCAUGUUUAGAAUGAACCCAGUAGUUGAGAUAACAAGUGAAUGCUAUGAUUUGCUAAUGGCAUUGAACUUCUUAUGAUGACUAUGGUGCUAUCAGAAAAUUUCUUCUAGUUGAUGCUAUUGGAAGACUAGAAGGUGCCAAGGUGGUAUAAUUGCCUGUAAGAAAUCUUUACAGGAUAGGGUGUUUCUUUUCCUAACAAUUGAGUUGAAGUUUCCUAAGGAGAAUCCAAUCAAUCGAGCAGUGAAUCCUUCUUGACAAGGAUAUACUUGGAAGAUUUACCCUGGGCGCCGGAUACAAAGGAGAAGUGCUGGUAAAUCACGCCACAGUUCUGAGGCCUUCAUGGGAGGAGUCUUUGUUUUUACCAGACGCUCUAUUCCCAUCUUAUAUUCUGGCAUUAUUUUUUGAACUGAGAUAUUCUCAAUAUCAGUAUAAGGAGCAACAUUCUCAACUACCGGGGGAGCCUGCACACAACCACAUGCUCUCGGCUCUGCAGGCAUUGCUGCCACAAUUCCCUUGAAGACAUGUCCUUCUUUGAGCUUGUAAUCAGCCAUUGACUGCUCCACAGAUACCUCGGAAGCUAGAGUGCUUCUCGUCCUGUUCUGCAUUUUUCUGGAGUUGAUAGAUGAUAGUUCACGCGUGUAAAUACUAUCAUUUCGGGUGGUGGUUCUCCUUCUUGCUGGGAGCAUAUAGGAUUCUGGUAAAGGAUUUGCUCCAUAGGCAUUAGUUCUGUCUAUGAAACGGGCAAUAUGUCCCCUUUUCAUUCCAAACUGUGAUGAAAGAUCUGAACUGCUCAAGCUAAGAAGCUGAGUAAAGGUUUUCCCGGAGGUCUCUAAACUGUCAGCAUAUUGCAUUAGAGCACGACUGUGCAGAUUGUGAAGCAAGACAACUUUAAGGUGAACUAUGAUCUGCCAUAUCUAUACAAUAAUAGAGAUAUUUAAAUGAUAAAAAUUCCAAAAAUGAUCUUGAGGACUGCUAGAGAAAAUUGAACUCCUGAGUAAUUGCAUAGGAGAGUUUGAACACAAAUCUCUUGUAUCAGGAAAAGAAAAUAUAGCAAAGUCGAUUCUAAUUGUUAAUUGAACCUUCUGUUGUUGUGUCAUGUUUAUCUCAGCCAUGUCUUCUGAAGUCAUAAUCUUCAACGUCGGUACAUCAUCCCAGCCUUCCUCCAGCAGCAUAGGAAGAAGGGUCUUUAGACAGCCGUCUCCAAUAAACUCCUCAACCGCAAAAGAAGCCAUCUCCUUGUGAAGCAGAGAGAAAAACCAGCAAGCAAAAUUUAUUGAAGAUGCCCACGAAGCUUGAUAUAUAAAAGAGAAGCACGUGGCUUUUGGUGCUUGUAGUCUGCAAGCUAUGUGAUUGGGUCUACAAUGUUAACCUUAGAACAAGUUUAUCCCAUAUGAUUUUAAUAUGAUUUUAUGAAUUUUCAAUAUGAUAUGAAACUUUGUUGGAAGGAUUCAA